AUGGAGACAUUGUCAACGCUAGCUACUUUUGCGACCGGGUUCGACAUAGAGAACACAACCGCGACGCUCAACGCAACGAAUAUUAGUACAAUCGCGCCCGCCGUGUCUUCGGCGCCGAAGGGGAAGGUGUUUGGAGUGGUCCUGAAAGUGGUGUAUGCGAUAGGUAUAAUCGGAAAUGCAGCAGCGAUCAUAGCGCUGCGGCGCGGCGAGAGGAGAGUCAGGAACCGCAAGCAUCUGCUGCUGCUGACGUCACUGGCUGCGAAUGAUCUUGUCGCUUUGGUGGGCAUGAUGCUGGCCAUGGUACUGGCAGAGCACGUGCCGGGCGUGCGCGACACGCGGCUGCACUGCGCCGCGCGCGUCGUGCUGCGCGUGUUCGGCGUCGGCAGCGUCUGCAUCGCCGUCACCAUGGCGCUCGAGCGGUACCUCGCACUUACCAGGCCCUUCCUCUACCAAAAGUCGAUCGGCGCCUAA